GCAGUGAGCGAGCCAGGGAUUACGGGACAAGCUCGUAUCGGGAGCUCCCCGGACCAAAAUGUGGUCUCUUCUGCUGAAGAAGGCCAUUUUGUGUGUUCUGUACGUGUUAUUACUGUAUUGCGACGUGAUUGUACUGUCGCAGCGACUCCGUGUCUACGACAUCUUCGAGAGCAACGAUAUAUUGACGGAUUACAGAUCUCAGUCCUCGAGAAACUCCCCCGCAGCUCUCUCAGGAGCGAAUGUCACUACGAGGAGUCCCCUUUUGCACAGAACAAAAGCAUCCGAAGAUUCCCAAUACAUCCAUGGGAUGACAUACAAGGAGCACAAAAAAUUCGCUGCCGCGUCGGAGACGCAAAACCUGUAUAAUCGGGGUUCUGGGUCGUACGCGAAGGCUCCGAGUCUUGCAUCGUGGAGAAUAGCUAGCACUACUGGAGCUCCGACUACCGAGAGCACAACUGUUGCAGAAUUGCCGUAUUCUUACUUUGGGACAACGCGAAAACCCCCGAGCCUCGGAUCCCAAAGCUACUACCCUGAUCGCUAUGGCUCGGGAACCCGGUCCAAACCCACGGCCCGAGUCGAGUCCGUUCUCAACUCCGCCUUCGGACAGGCACGCAUAGAAAUAGGACUGAAGCCGCUAAAUCCGUGUUGCGACAACGACACGGAAACAAGCGCUGACGCUAAAGGGAAAUUCCGAUUCUACAACAGCUUCUCCAGGGAACGCGGUUAUGCGCCCCAUCGUGCAGUUCAGUACGUGACAACGACCACGACGAGUACCACCGAACGUCCGCGGUAUAAGUUCGGUGAUCGAUACAGUCCGUCGCGGUCUCAGUACUACGAUAGGGCUUCGGAGAUGGGACUCGGCUCGUCGGGACGGGUCGUCGGCGCUCGGGAGAACAACGCAGACUGGUGGAUUACCACGAGAAGUCCGAGACGCCUCUACACAACCACGUGGGUUCCGCGGACGACAAGAGACCGAAUCGACAAUACGGUACUGAACUCGUUCCGAAACAGACAUUCUCUGUUGGACGUUGAACCUAACCCUACGGUGAGAUCUUCACCAAGAUCCGGCUUUGACGGAGUGCGUGGGAUUCGUCCGUGGGACGAACGGCCCAUUCCGACAUCGACGACGACUACCACGACAACGAGAAGACCCGGCACUCUCGGCGGAGCGGAUGAAUACGACUAUUACGACGAGUUGGAGAAACGUCAGACAUCCACCGCGACUUACCCGUGGGCUAACCGUUCCUGGAGGACAACGGAACGUCCGACGACGCAGAAGAUUCUCGUCACGACUGCUCCUCGGACGAUGGCGUACGAUCGGUGGAUUUUCCAGAGUCCCAGCACAACGAGCACGUCGCCCUCUCCGUACAUCGAGUACCCGCCCGGGCCGAUAUACAAGCCCUAUGAAGAAGAUGAUGACUUUAAAGAAUGGAAAUCACGGGUCGAGAGCAAGGUUCAGAGUAUUCGAAAGCCGUCGAGUAGAACCCACACUUCUGGGAGUCGGAUGAGGGUGACCGGUUCCCCUUCGCUGGAAAACGAUCUCGUCUCCCUUUUCAAAGUUAGCGGUGUUGAGGAGGAAGAUUGGAAAUUCGUCCACGAGACGAACAGUCUCGAGGACGCUUUUCAGCCUGAAGCCAAGCGAGACCACGGUAGGUAUAGGUCGCGGUGGAGCAAUAAUAUGAAUGCAGCCUGGGAUAUCGACCGUCGUGAUUCCAAAUACGACCAAUUUGACACAACCCGACGCAGCACGAGAACCACGGCGUCGUCGACCACGACCACCACCACCGAAUCUCCAACGACUAGGGCUCGAACCUUCUCGCAGACCCCACCAAGUACUUCUAUGGCCGAAGCCACUACGUCCGCUCCAAAAGUGUUCGUGUUACCAACCAGACGUAUCGUUCCGAGGAAACCGAGUGCUUUCCGACGACGUACGACUUCUAGACCGAGAAGCGGCCCGAGUUACAGAUACAGACUUUUCACCCCGUCCGAAGCUCCGACGGGGUCUUCGACUUCGACGGAAAAAACUUCCGUGGGGCUGACCGGAAUCUCUGCCGCGGAAAAAACCCACGAAAAUCCAAAUGACGCCGUCCCGGGAACGAAGCCUGAAGAGAAUCGUGUGACUGCGUCGGAGUAUCCCAUCACCGAUGCUGGUCCUGCGAUCGCUAUGAUAACGAGUGGAAGCACCACGACGAGUACGCCGGCUGGACCUCACGGAUCAACGUCGGUCGGAACUCCCAGUUUCACGACGACAAUUCCGGUAUCGACCUCACCAACGAGUACGACCACUAGUCCAUCUCCACCGCUACUCUCACCGACGGCGAAUCCCCCACCCGUGGUGAAUUGGUAUACAACGAGGAGGCCGGUUUUCGGAGAGGGAAUGUCCAUCGAAGAACAACUCGCCGAAGCCAUGCGACGUCUCCAUGAGAGACAAAAGCUCAAAGAGCUCGAAAGGAAGAAGAUCGAGGAAGAAGCCGAAAGGAGGCGAGCCGAGAAGCCGGAUCGCUUCGAAGGGAGCGGAGAUUUCGAAAAUGAGAUCAUGAACGAUGCCCCUAUCGUCGUGGAAGCGGUGCCCGAAAUCGCAGAUCUGAACCUACGAGAGGACUUCAAUGUCGAGCACAGGGUGCGCGAGAGAGUCGCAGAAGACAUGGGAGACGCUGAGAUCUACGGGGAGCUCAUCAACGAGCACGUGAUGCAGGUGAAUCUGUGA